AUACUUUGCUUGAAAAUCGCAGUACGUGAAAAAGUGUUUCAAUAAUUUGCCAUUAUUUAUUACGAAUAUAAUUGUGUUUGCAGAGAGAAAAUAACACAAGAUCAACACAACAAAAAGUGUUAAAUUCAUAUAACUGAGUUUUGUUUUGCUCAGUCUGUAAAAAUAAACAUGUACAGCAAACCUGUUAUGUUCUACAGCGUAUUAGGAUGUAUAACGUUUACAGAGCAGUAAUACGGGCCGAGUUUUGAUUUUGGAGAAAUUUCUCAAAAACAAAGCCAAAUGCUUUCAAGUGUGAUUGAAGUGAAAUUAUUGGCAACCACAAACUUUAUACAUUUGGUUCACCAUGAGGCAGCUGGCAGCUUGGUACCAGAAAAAAAUAAGUUCAUACGACAAAGAAGAAUGGGAGACGAUGGUGGAACAGCUGCUGAUGCGCGGCACCUAUCGCCGCCGCAUCGUUGACUUCUCCUCACACGCGCGUUCCUACCUCAUUGAUGUCGACCUUGUCAGAGGAUCGUCGUUUCCCAAAGCGAAGCCCACGCUAGGUAUGCGCCGCGUGGUGUGGUACGCGCUAGUACGCCUACUCUUCCUACCUGCGCUAUACCAGUGGUGGGGGCAGCAGACCUCACCAGCCUGUGCCAAGUUCCUCCUGGGCCUAUGGCUGAUGCAGGUCUUAAAUAUGAGCUUGUACUUCAUGGCGCCGGCUUCCUAUGAUAUUGAUGUGAGUCCAAACUGUUGGCUGGUGCCAUUAGGCCUGAUGUUGGUGCUGAGUGUGGUACACUCGCAGAUAGUGAGCACCACAGAGAUGGAGCUAGCGAGAGUGCGGCCGCGCUCCAACUACCGCCGGAAACUACCUCGAUACUUAAGACGGCCGCGUUCGGAGUGUGACGGCGGCAGCGGCGGUGGCUCGGCUGAGAGCGGCGCUACGUCGAGCCAGAGUAAGACUCCAUCGACCAAGCCAUCCAAAUAUCGCCGCCGACUCUCCCGCACUGAGUCUGUAGAUGCUACUCUGCCACCUGGUCUUAGGAAGCGUAAGAAAGAACUGACAAAAGAAUAUAUUAUGAAGAACCUAGAGCCUUCAAUAAAGACUAAACCACUUAAAGUAAAAGUUAAGGACUCCGAUGACGAAGAUUAUAUGGCUUGGAAGAAGCCGGACUUGACUCCUGACUUAACAGCACCUAUAGUCACAUUCACACCCCCACCUGACGACACGCCGGGGGCUUCUUUCGAUUUCAAACCAAAUAUACUGACUAAGAAACACUUAGAAACAUUCAAUGUACGUCAAAACGUAAACGUGGCCAGAGCAAUAUUCGCAGACGGGGACGAUGGCUUCGAAAGUCUCAACGGUUACAACUCAAAUGGCAGCGACGGUGACAAUCGGAAAGCAGAACGACUAAAAGCAAAGACUGACGACGUUGAAGCAAUUAAGCCUGUAAUAAAUAAACCUGGUGAUACAAAAAUUGAUAAAGACUGUGUGAGAAAAUAUGUUUUAGAUAAGUUGAAGAAAGAUGACGAUGAGAAGUCGCUAGAUGCAGAUUCAGACGGUGCCAUCCCAACGAGCAGCCCCAGCGCCACGAAGAGAGUCGGAGUUAGAUUCAGAAAAUCGUGGCGAGAAACCAGCGACGAAGAAUUCACCAUCAAAAAAAAGGAUAAGAAACUAGAGAAUUACCAGAGUUCGUCGUCGGACGGGGAAUGUUCCGCUUCGGCGCCAUCCAUCGCCCUGCCCUCGCACCAUACCAUGUCAGACUGGGUUGGGCAAACCACUAACAGUGAAGAGAGCAGCUACGGCUCUCAGUCGGAAGGCGGACAUUCCGACGUGGGCUUCCACUUCGCCGCGGACAGUUCGUGGGAUCCAUUUGCUAUCCUCGACCCUACUAGUGAUACAGUGAAGUGCACGAUGUGGGAGCGCGGGUCCACGCUGCGCGCCGAGCUGUCGGCCGUGGACAUCAGCUGGUACGUGGUGGCGCGCGCCGAGCGGGCCAUGGCCGCGGACGGCGGGCUGUGGGCCGGCACGCUCAUGGCCGCGCUCGUGGCGCUGCUAGCGCCUGCGACGCGGCUCAUGCAGGUAGCCGUAGAACAAGACCAUAAGAGCGAAGAAGAGCUAGCAGCGCUUCCGUUCCUCACUUACAUGCCGACUUUAGUGGUCAACUACUGCUUGCAGUCGCCGUCCGCGGUCCUAAUCGGUGCUUUCGGAGACAACGUAUGGGAGGUAACAACGAACAUAUUGACGAGUCUCCUCCGAUUCUCGCUGAGCGGUCUCGUGUUCUUCCUACUAGCGGUGGCGGAGCGCGCGUUCAAGCAGCGGUUCCUGUACGCCAAGUUGUUCUCGCACCUCACGUCCGCACGGCGCGCGCGCAAGUCUGAACUGCCGCACUUUAGGUUAAAUACUGUGAGGAAUAUCAAGACUUGGUUGUCUACGCGGUCUUAUUUGCGGCGUCGCGGUCCGCAGCGAUCAGUGGACGUGAUAGUGUCGGCGGCGUUUAUGCUGACGCUGAUACUGCUCGCGUGUGUUAGCGCGCAACUGCUACGGGAAUCGAUAACAUUGGAAUGCGGCUGGCUUCUAGAGGCGAUGGUGUGGAGCAUCUGCCUCGGCAUAUACCUCAUGAGACUGCUGACACUGGGCAGUAAUGUAAACAAGAAGUACCGUGGCUGUCUGUCCGCCAUACUCACUGAGCAGAUCAACUUACACCUGGCUAUAGAGCAGAGACCCGACUGCAAGGAGCAACUCACCGUCGCUAAUAACGUGCUCAAACUCGCUGCUGACUUACUCAAGGAAUUGGAUUCUCCUUUCAAGAUAUCAGGUUUAUGUGCCAACCAUUAUCUGUACACCAUAGUUAAAGUAGUGAUCCUGUCGGCUCUCUCUGGGGUGCUCUCAGAGAUGUUGGGCUUCAAACUCAAGUUGCACAAGAUCAAAAUAAAGUAAUAAUUCUAAUAGCAUAAUAAUGUAGUUGUUCACAAUAUAUUUCAAGCCUUUUAUAAGUAGACAACAAAGUGGUAUAUUAAGGAUGUCUUGGCAAUAUAUGAAGUACCAAAAUGUAUGUUCACUUCUAGAAACGAAUUGAAAACAGCAUGGUGCUAUAUACAUCCAUUUAUUGUCGGUGUGUGUAGGUUUUCAUGUCUUCGUAGGUCACAAUUUAAUAAUAAAAUUCGGUGCAUUAGAGCACCUUUUUCUAGUUAAUAAAAUUAUAGACUUCUAUGCAAUAUACUCUCAGGGAAUAAUAGAUAGACUUUUUAUCCUUUAGAGGAACUUCUGAUUAGAUUAAGUAUAAACUAAACGUUGUGAGACGACGUUGGUUUUUAAACUUGUAUAUUUUAUUACAAAGUAUGAAACACUAUUUUCUCUUCUUUCAAUUUUAUGAAAUCGAAAUUAUAUGCUUGUAACUAUCUUUUAUGAAGUUUUAUGCUAUUGCAAUUAAUAAAAUGUUCCGUAUUCUAUUAAUGUUAUAUACAAAUAACACGUGUCUAGUUACUUUAUCUUUCUAAAGUUUAACUCUGUUUUGAUCUCAAAUAGUAAAUUGCCAUCAGUAGUUGAAUAUUUCUAAGUUCAAAAUGUCUUCAUAGAAUAUAUGAGAUCGUUUGAAUUUUGGAACCAUUAUUUAAGCUGACCAUAGUUAAUUUUUGUUACUAUGUGAUAGUUGCUAAACUUUAUUCCAGUUGAACUUGACAAGUUGUGAAGAAAUAAAUAAAUGUACAUCUUAGGGUAAGUAACGAACGUGUUCGUAAAGAAAACGAACUGAUACACAUAAUUCCAAUAACUGGUUUUGUAUGAGGACAAUAGCGUUUACAACUUUACUGAUUCAAUUGAAAUAGAUUUUAGUUCUUAAAUCAAAGCGCCAUUGUAACAUUUUAGUUGUUAAAUAGAAAAAAUGUUCCUAGCA